UUCACCUCCUCACCUCUCACCUCUCACCUCCUCAUACCUCUUCAGUCUCUUCCCUAUCUAAUUUACAUUUAAUGGAGAGUUUAGUCCAAACUUCACCCAUGAACUCCCCCAAUUCCCAUAACCACCAUCACCACCACCAUGAUCACGGCUGCCCCACCCUCAUCACCACCAACCACCACAUCCCUCAGACCACAACCAAUUCAUCAUCAUUCUUGAUCAACAACACCACCACAACACAACUGAGCGAGAAAGGCUCGAUGAUCAAACCCAAUAAGCGCUCCAUGCCUCUCCUAGUGAUCAAUUACUUGUGCCUCUUCAUUGGAUCAGUCUCUUCAAGCCUGCUCUCAAAGUACUAUUUCAUCCACAAGGGCUCAAGCAUUUGGGUGUCAACGUGGGUUCAAUGCUCUGGCUUCCCUCUCCUCCUUCCAUUUAUUUUCAUUCCUUAUUAUCUCCUCCAUUGCACCCAAAGAAAACCCUUCUCUCACUUCACCCCCAAAAUCUUAGUCCUGUCAAUUCUCAUAGGUCUUAUGCUGGGUCUAAACAACUUCCUCUUCUCUUGGGGUAACUCCUAUUUACCUGUCUCCACCUCCUCCCUCCUCCUCUCCUCCCAACUUGUUUUCAAUCUCAUCCUCUCUGUAAUUAUUGUCAAGCAAAAAGUAACCUUCUCAAAUCUCAACUGUGUUAUCCUCCUAACCCUAAGCUCAGUCCUACUGGCCUUGGGGUCCAACCAUGACAAGCCACAUGACCUGACACGUGGCAAGUAUUUCUUAGGGUUCUUCUCAACAAUUGGGGCAGGCUUGCUGUUUGCUCUGUAUCUCCCGGUCAUGGAGAAGAUAUACAGCAAGGUUUACUGCUACGCCAUGGUGAUCGAAAUGCAGCUGGUGAUGGAGGCUGCGGCCACGGUGUUGGCCACGGUCGGGAUGGCCUUCAAAGGCGGGUUUCGCGAGAUGAAGGUGGAGAGCGCGAGGGUGUUUGACAAAGGAGAAAACGUGUAUUGGGUGACUGUGUGGUGCAACGUGGUGACGUGGCAGCUUUGCUUCAUUGGGACAGCCGGCAUGGUGUUCUUAACCUCUUCGUUGACCGGUGGGAUUUGCAUGACGGCGUUGAUGGGGAUGAAUGUGUUGGGAGGCGUUUUGGUGUACGGGGAUUCGUUUGGGGGUGUGAAGGUGGUUUCCACUUUCUUGUGUGGAUGGGGCUUCUGUUCUUAUGUAUACGGCCUUUACAUCAAAGCUAGAGAUAUUAGGGAAGAAGGCGGUGGUGAAGGAGGAGAUGGAGACAAAGAAGGAACCCACCAAGAGAUAGAGAUGGAUGUGCAUAAAGUAAACGAUAGUAGUGUUUAAUUUAAAACUUUUAUGAUGCUUUUGGUGAAAAUUGGAGUUGAGUUUUUUGUUUGUUUUUUAGAUAAAUUUGGAUGUGUGAAAUCAUUGCUUAAUUGCUCAAGUACAUUGUUGUCUGCUAUCAUUUUCAA